AGGGCGCGCGGUGGCAGCACCUCCCCGCGCGCGGCUUAAAAAGAAGAAGAAAAGAGGGAGCGAAACAUGAGAGCCCUGCUGAGCCGCCGCCGGCAGCAGCGCAGGGGGCAUCGCCCGGACCGGCCGCCACCGCCGUCCCGCCGCGGGGACACCCUUCCUAUGGGACGACGACAAGUGAAGGGCUGCCGCUGCCGCCACCCGCUGCCCGGCCCGCCCCGAGCCUCGGCGCCUCGGCGCGGCAGCUGCUAAACCUGUGCCACUUGCGCAACUUCGCCGGCUUCGAGCAUCCCUCCUCCCGCCCGGGGCUCGGGGGCUUGUUUCACUCCCCCCCACACCCCAAUCGCCGCCGCCGCCACCACCCCGUUCCUGCCUUUUCGCGUCCGACUUUUUGGAAGCGGGGGUGACCGAAGCGCUUUUUUUUUCCUCCGUAGGCUUUUUUAUUGCUACCGUUAUUCUUCUCCAGACUUUCCCCUUCUGCGGGAGGGAGGUGGUUUCCUGAUCUGAAGUGCAAAGCUAAGUCAGUGGGAUUCCCCUCCUUCUCCCUCCCACCCCCCUUUUUUUGGGUGCAUUCACACGCUCCCUCAGGCAUGAUGCUCAAGAUGCUGCCGUUUAAGCUGCUGCUGGUGGCCGUGGUUCUGUGCUUCUUCGAGGGGGAUGCCAAGUUUGGGGAGAGCGGCUCCCGCAGGAGAAGGUGCCUCAACGGGACCCCUCCGAGGCGGCUGAAGAAGCGGGACCGGCGGGUGCUGUCCCCGGAGGCCCCGGGCGGCGGGGAGGCGAUGUGCCGCGGCCUCUACCCACGCCUGUCCUGCUGCUCCCGCACUGACGCGCAGGGGCUGCUGCACGCCGAGGCGAAGAUACUUUCUGUUACCAACAACACAGAAUGUGCGAAGCUACUGGAGGAAAUCAAAUGUGCACACUGCUCACCUCAUGCUCAGAACCUAUUCCACUCACCUGAGAAAGGGGAAACACCUGAAAAAGAACUAACUCUUCCCUACCUGUGCAAAGACUAUUGUAAAGAAUUCUAUUAUACUUGCAGAGGUCACAUACCAGGUUUUCUCCAAACUACAGCUGAUGAGUUUUGCUUUUACUAUGCAAGAAAAGAUGGUGGUGUAUGCUUUCCAGAUUUUCCAAGGAAGCAAGUCCGAGGGCCGGCUUCUAACUCCCUGGACCACAUGGAAGAAUAUGACAAAGAGGAAGAGAUCAGCAGAAAACACAAGCACAACUGCUUCUGUAUCCAGGAGGUUGUGAGUGGACUAAGGCAGCCUGUUGGAGCAGUGCACUGUGGGGAUGGAUCCCAUCGCCUCUUUAUCCUUGAGAAAGAAGGCUACGUGAAGAUUUUAAGUCCUGAAGGAGACAUACUCAAGGAGCCUUUUUUGGAUAUACACAAGCUUGUUCAAAGUGGAAUAAAGGGAGGAGAUGAAAGAGGACUGUUAAGCCUUGCAUUCCAUCCCAAUUACAAGAAAAAUGGAAAGCUCUAUGUGUCUUAUACCACCAACCAAGAACGGUGGGCUAUUGGACCUCAUGACCACAUCCUUAGGGUCGUAGAGUACACAGUAUCCAGGAAAAAUCCACACCAAGUGGAUAUGAGAACAGCAAGAGCAUUUUUAGAAGUAGCAGAACUACAUCGAAAACACCUAGGAGGACAGCUGCUCUUUGGCCCAGAUGGCUUCCUCUACAUUUUCUUGGGAGAUGGCAUGAUCACUUUAGAUGACAUGGAGGAGAUGGAUGGCUUAAGCGAUUUCACAGGCUCUGUACUGCGCCUCGACGUCAACACUGAUCUGUGCCAUGUCCCUUACUCCAUCCCGCGCAGCAAUCCACAUUUCAACAGCACAAACCAACCGCCAGAGAUUUUUGCACAUGGACUCCACAAUCCAGGCCGAUGUGCUGUGGACCGCCACCCAACAGAUGUAAACAUCAAUUUAACUAUCCUUUGCUCAGACUCAAAUGGGAAGAACAGAUCUUCAGCAAGAAUCUUGCAAAUAAUAAAGGGUAAAGACUAUGAAAGUGAGCCUUCACUUUUAGAAUUCAAACCAUUCAGCAGUGGAUCCUUGGUUGGAGGAUUUGUCUAUCGAGGCUGCCAGUCUGAAAGGCUCUAUGGAAGCUACGUAUUUGGAGACCGCAAUGGAAAUUUUUUAACACUGCAACAGAGUCCUGCAACCAAACAGUGGCAAGAGAAGCCCCUCUGUCUUGGCAACACUGGCUCAUGCAGAGGCUUCUUUUCAGGCCCCGUCUUGGGAUUUGGUGAAGAUGAAUUAGGUGAGAUUUACAUAUUAUCAAGCAGUAAAAGCAUGACACAGCCUCACAGUGGAAAGCUCUACAAGAUCAUUGACCCAAAAAGGCCUUUAGUCCCUGAAGAAUGCAAAAGAACAGCUCAGCCUGCACAGAUACUGACAUCCGAAUGCUCGAGGCAUUGUCGGAACGGGCACUGCACUCCCACAGGAAAAUGCUGCUGUAAUCAAGGCUGGGAAGGAGAGUUCUGCAGAACUGCCAAAUGUGACCCAGCCUGUCGCCACGGAGGUGUCUGCGUGAGGCCCAAUAAGUGCUUGUGUAAAAAAGGCUACCUGGGCCCUCAGUGCGAACAAGUGGAUCGAAACAUCCGAAGAGUGACGAGGGCAGGUAUUCUUGAUCAGAUCCUAGACAUGACAUCCUAUUUGCUGGAUCUAACCAGCUACAUUGUAUAGUUUCUGGGACUGCUUGGGAGCUACGCUUUUCAACGGGCAUUUGUUUUGAAUCCUGUCCUUUUGUUUGAACGACUGUGAUCCUGCAACAAAUACCGCUGAUUCGAUCGACUUCCUUAAUUUAAGUCUGACACCCACCCGUGUGCAGAGCAAUUCCGUGUGUGUGUAAAUAUUGCCGUAGGCCCCGGCAGCCCUGCCGCCCCCAGUAGGUGCACACAUACCCAUGCAGGCACUAUCACCAAUAUGGUUUUAUGGCUAGUGGAAUUUGUUAUUUUAUUUUAUUUUUUUUCCAUAUUUAUUUCUUCCUGAGAAAUAGUUUACAAAGUAAUUCCACUGUAAACCACAUUUUCAAAGUCAAAGGACGUGCGUGAUGUCUUGAUGGAUUCUUUGACACCUCCCCAGACUCUCGUGUCUGUACCUAUCUGAUUCUAGCAAUCAGAGCAGCUCUCAACCGUCGCCGCGCAACACUGCUGGACUUAAUCAAUUCCAGUUGUGGCAGUUUCUAAGGUGAACUGAACUACAUCCUGAGACAAUAUUGCAGAACUCCUUACUGCGUCCCUAUCUAGGCAAUUCAUUGUAAGCCUGUAACCUUCACUUUCAGCCAUGUAACUCUAUUACAGAAUGUUACGCAUUUCUUUAUCUAGCAUAGAUGCCAAACCUGGUUAUCGCCGCUUAAUAUCGAGGUUGUUCCGAGUGUUUAAGAAUUAAAUUAUAUUCGCAUAUUUCCGAACCAGUCAUCCUAGAAGGUCUGCUUCUUAUCUUAUAUGUUUGAUUUAAUGAUGGGCACUGGGUUCAUGUUACUUAUUUAUAUUGUUUUAUUUUUAUAACAUAGACAUCACCUAGAUGAGACAGAUUUACCAUGUCCUGUCAAAUACUAAAGGUACAUUUGUCACCAACUGCAUGGGAAGACGGGGAAAAAGAGAGCAAAAAAGGCACUCUUUAGCGUGGUGCGGAGCUAAACUAGAAAUGUAUCCUUGCGUCAACUUGUUUUCCUUUACAACAGAUGAAAAAAAAAAACCCAAACAACCACCAACCACACAUAAUAAAAUUCCAGCAUACCUUAAAAGAGAGUGAUUUGCCAUUGGAAUGGGCUGCCCAGGGAGGUGGUGGAGUCACCGUCCCUGGAGGUGUUCAGGGAAAGCCUGGAUGAGGCACUUAGUGCCAUGGUCUGGUUGAUUGGAUAGGGCUGAGUGAUAGGUCGGACUGGAUGAGUGUGGAGGUUUCCUCCAACCUGGUUGACUAUACGACAUGAUUCAAUGAUAAAGUGAUUUUUCACUGUACCAGGACAGGCCAGAUUAUUCAGGAGUAGGCUGCUGCUGAUUUCCCGCUGACCGGGACGCCCCUGGACGAGAGCUCAGAUGAGCAGGUGUUGGCUGUGUAAGAUGUCACUUGUACAAAACGUGUAAUGAUGCUCACCAGUUCUAAAUGUAAAUGUUCCUUGAAGAGCUAACGUAAAACUGAGUCUUUGUAAAUGUAUCAAUAAAUAUGGUGUACAUGCUAUA